AUGUCGCAACAGAUGGGAUCUUAUUCGACGACCGAAAAGAAGCGCCAGCUGUUUUGGCGCAAUGUGAUGAAGCAGUUCAACUUUACGGACCAAUCGGAGCGCGAGCUGCUGCUGUCGCUUACAGAAGGCGUCUGCUGGAUGCACAUGCAAGGACUUCCACGACACUUUAUACGUCGCCAUCGAGAGAUCUAUUACCUCUUAUGUGCGUCCGAGUACGAGCGCUCGGACGCCAUUCGACGUGACGUGACACGUACUUUUAGUAUCUUUGAGAGAAAUGACGAGCAUCAACUCGAAACACAACAGAGUGCAUUAUUUCGAGUCCUAAACGCAAUCGCAGAAGCUGAGGAUGUCUACUGUCAGGGUAUGAAUUUCAUUGCGGCGCUCUUCUUGGUGGAAGGCCUGUCAGAAGCUGACGCCUACGCACUGUUCCUUUACAUGCUCAAAAAGCGUCAUCUGGCGGGGAUUUACCAUCGCAGCUCCAUCUUCUUGGACGAGUAUCUUCAGCAUUUUGAACAAAUGUUUAUUCGAGACUUGCCGAUGCUGCACGCACAUCUUUUAGUGCAAGGCUUUGUCAUCCCCAUGUACGGCAUCGAAUGGUUUACAACACUCUUUUCGUUGUCGACCAAGACAGACCUCGCGUGCGCAAUAUUUGAUCUCUUCUUUGUCGGCGUGCAGGACAUUUUCUUGCGAGCAGGACUAGCGAUGCUUAAGCUUCUCGAGUCCAAGCUCAUGUGCAUGACGUUUGAAGACUUUUUGCGCGAGUUCAAACCUCUUGUACGAGAACUGGAUCCGUACCAGGUUAUUUUACAAGCCCUUAUAUUCCGACCAAACCACAAAAUGCACCGUGAAGACACGACUGCGUAUGUAUCUCGUGAGCACUUUAUCCGAGCAACGGGCACUACAACUCCUUCUUGCAGCAAAACGGGUGCCUCAAGCAGCGACAGCAUUUCUGCAGAUGGCGAUGAAGAAUCUGCCUCUAUAGGCGGCUUCGGAUUGCAUCGGACGCUACCACCCGAGAUGGCAGAGGCAAUCCGUUUGGGACACGGGUCACUCGUACGUCGAUUGUGGGAAGCACACGUAAUUCGCCGUCACCACAGCACUGCCGCUAGUAUCGUACUAGCCAACGAAAUUCUUCACUUUGCUAUCUGGAAUGGGCGGGUGUCGGUUGCGUGCUUUGCGAUUGAACAUUGUAACGCUGACGUUGACAAUUUGGAUGACGCUGGUCUUAGGCCUUUGCAUUUUAGUGUGAUUCGAAAUCAGCCCGAUAUGAUACGGCUACUGCUUGCUCACGGUGCGUGUAUGCAAGAGACCAGCAUGCGGAGGAUUUCGCCGCUAGAGUUAGCACAUCGCUGGAAUCGAUGUGACACGACGGCGGCACGCCUUGUAUUGGAAAAAGAAGAGGUGUGUUUGUACUGCAACACAAAGUUUGGCAUCCUGGCUCUUGAGACAGCAGUGUGUGGUCACUGCGAAUUCCGCUUUUGCUGUAAACCGCAGCAUGCUCUUUGUAUCUUUAAGCACCAGUGCCCGAGAGCUACCUGCGGUCGACGAGUUCGAGGAUUUGAUAUCGACUGUCAGCUGUUCGAACAAACGAUGGCGACGCUUAACAUUAGUGGUGAAGAGGUGGAAGGCAACCAUGAAGCGGAGACAGCCCUAUAUCUACCUAGUCGGUGCGAGGGCCGAUCCAGAGGGUCAAGCACGUCAAGCGCGACAUCUACAUGUACAUCAACAGCGUCUCUUGGGGCUGGAAGUAGUAGUGCUACACGAAGUCGCAGUAUGCUCGAGCUGUCUUUCAUCAAGGAUUUCAGCCCCCAAGCGUUUUUCGGCUCACCGGCAGGGAUGUAUUGGCUAGAGUCACCUCGCUUUGACGACACUGCUCCAACGUCCGUCGACCCAGCGCACACUGACCAAGAGACUGUUACAAUUGGAGCUCUGGAGACUGACAUAGUAUCGCUUCGUCCAACCUGGCAAGCCGCACGUCCUUUGAUCGAGUUUCCCGAUCGUCCAGAAUGGUACUGUAAUGCCCGUGACUGCCGCUUUGUCUUCACACUAUUCUCGCAAGCCGCCAAGUGUUUGCGGUGCGACGGCUACUUUUGCUCCGAGCAUGUCAAUAGUAGAACCAGACACUGCUUCGCCUGUCGGUGA